AUCUAAAAUAAUCCAAUCAACAUAGAAUAAGUUUGAAUAAGAACAUUUUGUAUGGUAUAAAAGAAAGAAAAUGUAGCAGACUGCACAUAACUUUAAAACAGUAAACAUGCAGUCUCUUCUUUGUUUUGUGCUUAUUUUGGUUUCUCUCUAUACAGUCCAAGGUCGGACAUAUGGCUAUCAAAAAAAGAUAAAAAGGGCUCACGUGAUUAAGGUAAAGGAUUCCAUUAGAUUACCGACUGAUCAACUACAUAUUCCUAGAGAACCCGUUGUGUUACCAAGUAAGAGACUCCCUGACUGUGAUGUAGGAUGUACUCUUCAGAUAAUAUCACCAGAGUGUAUACAAGAAACAUUUGGAUUUGAACACGGCGUCAGGUGUAGAGGCUGUGAUAUUGACAUUUGCAAUAGAGGCAGGGGAGAUAAUUUUGAUAGAUUGCAGGGCGGUUCGCAGUGGCAAAACGGAGGCAGAAACCAAAAUUUAAACAGCAGAAUAGACGGAGGAUUCGUUGAUAGUUUAGGUGGAGGUAGAAACCAAAAUUUAAACAGCAGAAUAGGCGGACAAUUCGUUGAUAGUUUAGAUGGAGGUAGAAACCAAAAUUUAAACAGUAGAAUAGGCGGAGAAUUCGUUGGUAGUUUAGGUAGUGAUUUCUUUAACGAAGUACAAAACUCGAAUUUAGAUGGUAGAUUUAGAAACAAACAGGAUACAAUUCUUGAUAGAGGACACAGAUCAGAUAUAAACUUAAAUGACAGAAGAAACCGGUUUGAAACAAACAGACAAGUUGGAAGUGGGUGGUUAUGAACACGUGGUAAAGAUUUGAGUAUUUUGUACCACACAUUGAGAAAUCCAAAGUAUUUUGUUGUACAUUUUGUAAUGAAAUUACAUAUUUUUUAUAUAAUCAAUAAACGUGUAAAGAUCUA